AUGGGCUGUCCGCUGGGAUCUUACGACGACCUCCUCGAAGUGCCGAAGCCCGUGGGAGUUAGCAUGAUUGCCUACGUCGACGAUGUGACCAUUGUGAUCGAAUCCUCGUCGCGCGCGGAUAUCGAGCGGAAAGCGACGACCGUCUUGACCGUCGUUUCGGAAUGGAGGAUUAGCAACAGACUGACAGACUGGAUUUUUCUGCCGGAUCCUGAGUGCAGCAUGCGUUACGUAUUGGCGAGAGAGCUAGCGCGGGCCUUGGAAAGGGGUCUCCUUUGUCAGAAUCGACCUGGGGCG